CACGGUGCAAAGUCCUGGAGGCAGCAGCCAAAGCUGUAAAAAGUGUUUGCAUGCUAUCAUACAGUCGAUAAUACAGGCCAGUGACAGCCAUGUGUCUACAGGACUCCAAAAAGCUAAAAAAGGCAAAGCUGACAAGAAAGAAAGAGACACUGUUCCCGAUCAGCCGGGUGGUGCUGUGCCUGUCCCUUGUGUUUACACUGUACGUGGAAGCCACCAACGCUCGCUGUCUGAGACCACGUUCAAAGGAGCUGCUCUGUGGUGCAGAACUGGUAGACAUCCUGCAGUUUAUCUGUGGACCUACUGGGUUUUACGUCAGCAAAGGGCCUCCUUUUCGAAACAGAAACCGACCUGGUAUAGUCGAGGAGUGCUGCUUCUGCGGGUGUAGUGUUGCCAUCCUUGAGUCCUACUGUGCAGCUCCAGUCACUAACAUCACUGGCAGAGAAGAGCAAAAGUCCUAAGAUCAUUCUUCAGAACCUGUUUCACCACUUUAAAACUUAUUCAGGGAUGUCCAACAAAUACAGAAUAAAGACAUUCGCUGCCUUUGAUGUGCAACAAAGGGGAAAAAAUGGAAUUGUCCUGAGCCUUUGGAGACCCAAGUAAUGGAGUGCUCAGUCACCUUUGGCAAAGAUAGUCACAAUAAGCUAUGAAUGAGCCCAAGACCAAAUUGGCUUUCCCGGUGUUAGAAUGAUAGCUGGCAUGGCUAUGUGUAAAUGGUUGUUUAAUUCCUCGCCUUGCUGUGGAUUAUUGCAAUUUCAUGUAUUAUUUCUGGCUUUCUGCUUCCAAUUCACAAAUAUUAUCAAGAAGAUUUUGUAUUCUGCACAUUGAGAGUUGAUGUUACAGGACAUCAGCUUUAAAUUAGAGACCUGCAGGCCUGAUAUGUUAUGGAAUCUUAAUUAUCCAACCAGAAUAUAAAAUGUAUGACUGUAUAAAUUCCCAAGAGGCACGGUUAUCUUUGCUAGAAAGCAACUUAUUGGAUUUCUAUAUCCUGAUAAAAAAUUGCAAGGUAACUGCCUUAAAAAAACCCUUUAGAUGCACUCAAUUAAAAAUACUUGAUUUCAGCUGUAAGGUAAGGGCACUGUUUUGUAUUAGCCAGAAAAAGGGGCAAAAUGCUUAAAUAAAAUGUGCCUUAUGGUUAUAUUUGCACAAUCCCUACUCAGAGGGUGAAUGAGAGAUAGGCGGCUAAUGUAAAUUGGAGAGAUUCUAGAACUGACUUUGUUGGGAGAGAAAGGUUAAGAGCAGUUCAGUUCAUUUCUAACACAGUACAGGUAGAUGGGCUGCUGAAGAAUAAAGGUAGAGCAGAAUGGUGCAAAAUAAGGUGCUUACUAGGGUGAAACAUUUUGCAUAUGAAAUAAUUGGGAGGGAAGGGUAAAGAUUUAAGUGCACAGUAAAACAUGAAUUGUGUUCAUGGAGACAAUGACACAGAAAAUAUAUAUAUUUUUUUUAUUUUGAAAUGAAAAUGUUAAAUUAACGCCUAGAUCAAAGGACUGGGAGGCACCAUGUUGCUUAGUGUGCCCCUUGUGGCCAUUAAUAGUAUGUGCUGCAGCUGCUGUAAGGCAAAUAAAUAGAAAUGAAUGUAAAUAUGGCCAAAUGGAAUGUGUAUUCAAUAUCCUAUGUCCCAUACCUGCAGUAACUGUUUGUAAUAAAGUACAGACAUGGCCUAUAUUAUUGGAAACCGUACGAAUUUGAAAUUGGGCUUUCAUGAAAUGUUUAAAUGUUUGUUCAUAGCCCAAGUGCCCCAUUAGAAAAGGACCACUUCUCUAGAAAACUGUACGUCCCAAACAUUCUGGAUAAUAGGUUUCAUGCCUGUGGGGUAAUACAUAACACUUGUAGUUCUUCUGAUUGUGUUGCACUUUCUCGCACAACAAAAGAUGCGAACUCAGACAGAAAUUGCAUAUGAAUCUGUUCUUCUCCUAAAAGAAGCUUAGAAUGGUGCUAUUUAUGGUUUGCUGAAUUCCUGUUUUUAAUAAGAAGAAAUUGUGUCACUUUGCUGAGAAAAUUGGCAUUUGUGCAGCUUGGAAUGUAAGCGAAUAAACAGUUCGGGCAAA